GCUACGGCAGGACUCAGAGUGCGCUCGAGACCGGACAGUUGAAAACACCUGAGCGAAUGUGAAUGUGUUUUUAUGUGUAUAUUAGAGGGAAUGUGGGCAUGUUUGCGUUCAUAUUUUAUCGUAAAAAGUCUCCGUCGAACUAAAUUGAAGGAUUUGUGUCGGUGAAGCCGCUUCUGAAGACUCCCAUUAUCUACGUCUUAACACAUAAGAUCUGAUGCUUCCUGCUAUCACCAUGGAGACGGAGGCCAGUCACAUGCUGGAGGCGGCUCUGGAGCAGAUGGAUGACAUCAUUGCAGGUUCCAAAGCAGCCACGGUGGAGUUUUCUAACAGCAUGUAUGACCUUGGUUCUCCGGUCAGCGCCGGUCCACUGCAGGUUGUUCAGCUGGCUGAGGACCUCAGACUGGCCUUGGAACUCCAACCGAACCAGGAGGACAGAGACAGCCUGAGAGCCCAGCUGCCCACAGAAACUGCACAGGCUCUAAUGGACUGGCUUCAGACUGGAACUGUGAACCUUUGUUCUCCGUCCAACAAUGAAACCUACCAAGAACGACUGCUCCGCCUAGAGGGAGACAAGGAGUCUCUAGUAUUACAGGUGAGCGUUCUGACAGACCAGGUGGAGGCCCAGGGAGAGAAGAUCCGAGAUCUUGAAAGCUCACUAGAGGAACACCGGCAGAAACUGUCUUCGACUGAGGAGAUGCUGCAACAGGAGCUGAUGAGCAGGACCUCCUUGGAGACUCAGAAGCUGGAUCUGAUGGACGAGGUGUCGUACCUCAAACUGAAACUGGUCAGCAUGGAGGAGACGCACACCAACGCCAACGCACAACCGCCAGAGCCUGCCGACGCCAAGCAGAACAAAGCAGAGUGCGUGGUAAAUCUCAUCAGUGAGCUCCAGGAGCAGAUGUGCAGGUUUCAGGAGGAGAUCAGCUCUCGCAUCCAGGAGAAACGGGCCCUGGAGGAGAGGGAGGCCCGAGGCAGCCGAGCCCAGAGCCCCUGCCCUAAGACGGGGUUGUCGGGUUCGAACCUGAGCCUGUCGGGCUCUGACUGCCGGACACACAAUGGAGGACAGACUGUACACGAUUUGCAACAAGAAGUGAAGCAUCUGAAAAGCAAAGUGGAAGAGCUGGAGGGAGAGAAGAGUCAGUAUGAGAGGAAGCUAAGAGCCACCAAGCUCUCCAUCUCUUACUCUCUCCAUGUGUGUUACCAGUCGCUCAUGACCCAGCUGUCCAGCCUCAAGCUGACUGUGGAGCACACACAGCUGGAGAAGCAGCACUGGGAGGAGCGCUGGCGGAGCGCACAGGCAGAAAUCUCAGAUCUGCAGCAGACCCUGGCCUCCAAAGAUGCUGAGAUCGAGUGCCUGCAGACCCAGCUGCUGGCCAGAGGAGGCUCAGCCAAUGACAACGCAGAGCGAGAGGAGGUGUAUAUCAAGCAGCUCAUUAACAAAUACCAUGAAUACCAAAGGCUGAAGGUGGGGAUGGAGUCUUUGUUAGCGUCAAAUGAUGAAAAGGAUCGUCGUAUAGAAGAGUUGACCAUGCUGCUCAGUCAGUACAGAAAGAUGAGGGAGGUCAUGGCGCUGACGCAGGGGAGCAGUGAGGAGGAGCUGAGCGGUAGUUUAAAACUCCGAGCCAUCACCAACAAAGCUCACUCUGACAUCCUCAGGUCGGAGAUGUCGUCCAGAGGAUCUUCACCGCUUAUGUUAUCCUCAUCGCCAUACCAGAGAGACUUGGAGUCUAGUAUCCAGAACUCCAUGGACACAUCACUGGUCUCCACUGGGGAUAUGAGCUUCUUUAAUGGAGUGUGGCCUCAGCGCCGUUUACUGUCCAGCAGCCUGGAGGAGCUGCAGAGUGGAUCCUUACAGAAGGCUGUAGAGAUCCAACCUGUUGAAACUGAAACAGACGUAGGGGCAGAGAAUCGACUCACAGAGCUGAACAAGUACCAGACUCUGCCCGGAAAACUGAGUAAAAAGAGCCAGUUGAAUGGCAACGGAGAAGACGAUGGAGAAUAUUUAUCCCCCAUCCGAUUGUCUCCGGUCCACACCACUGACCAGGACUACAGUCUGAUUCGCUGCAGGAGUGCCUCUGCUCCAGCUUUAGGAUCUCCUGGAAAACAUGACCUCUAUGAUGUUGGGCGUCCAGAGAAGCUUGAGGAGUGCAUCCUGUCAGACCAGUCCCCUCUGUCCUCGGGGGUGGACUCUGGACAACAGUCCCCCGUAUCGCCAGAGAACCGGAAAAGUCACAGAGGCAUUAAGAAGCUGUGGGGGAAGAUCCGUCGUAGUCAGUCAGGAAGCCCGGUCCAAGUUCAUGACUCAGACCUGGGGGAGUUUAAGAGGGGGGGCUUCAGAGCUACAGCAGGACCACGUCUGGCCCGAUCAGGGAACACUCGAGACCUGAAGGUGCCUUUUUCCAAGUGGAACACAGAGCAGGUGUGUGAUUGGCUGGAGGACAUCGGACUGGGACAGUACGGCAUCCUCGCUCGUCCCUGGGUCACCAGCGGUCAGACGCUACUGUCAGCAAACACACAAGACCUGGAGAAGGAACUUGCAAUUAAGAAUCCACUCCACAGGAAGAAGCUCCAGUUAGCCAUUAAGACAUUUAGCAGCAAACUCCGGGAGAAAUCUGCAGAACUGGAUCACAUCUGGGUCACUCGUUGGCUCGACGACAUUGGUCUUCCUCAGUACAAAGACCAGUUUAAUGAAGGACGAGUGGACGGACAGAUGCUGCAGUACCUCACUGUGAAUGACCUGUUGUUCCUCAAAGUGACCAGUCAGCUGCAUCACCUCAGCAUCAAAUGCGCCAUUCACGUCCUGCAUGUCAACAAGUUCAACGCCAACUGCCUCAAACGAAGGCCCAGCAACGAGAACCAGUUCACGCCCAGUGAAGUGGUCCAGUGGUCCAACCACCGAGUCAUGGAGUGGCUCCGGUCUGUGGAUCUGGCAGAGUACGCACCAAACUUGAGGGGCAGUGGGGUCCACGGGGGCCUCAUAAUGCUGGAGCCUCGGUUUAACUCAGACACCUUAGCCAUGCUGCUGAACAUCCCUCCUCAGAAAACGCUGCUUCGACGCCAUUUAACCACCAACUUCCACAGCCUGGUGGGAGGACAGGCCCAGCAGGAGAAGAGGGAGUACACAGAGGCACCCAGUUACAGCCCACUCAGCAUCACCGCUAAAGUCAAGCCGAAGAAGUUGGGUUUCUCCAACUUGACUCACCUCAGGCGGAGACGACCCGACGACUCCACCGACUACGUCUGUCCCAUCGAGUCGUCGUCCGGACAGUCGGCGCUCAACGGCGUGCAGGUGCGUCCGUACGCCGGCUUCAGAGGCCUGAGCCCGAUCCUGGACCGAGAGCCGGACCGCCCCAGGGACCAGGUGGGGCUGGAUGACAGCAGAUCUGAUCCAUCACCAUGACAACAGCUGUGACAAGAACAUGGCCACGCUAUUAAUGCCAGAACCAUGGACGACUAUGUCACGCUUUCCAUCCACCAAUCAGCUGUCACCACAACUACUGCUCUGCUUCCUCUGCUUGCGGCCCCUCCCCCUCCCCCUCCCUGCUCCUUUAAACCCCGCCCACCAGCCUGCCCCUGUGCCUUACCAGUGAAGAGUUUUCAGAGACGCCACACAAACUGAAGGCCGCUCUGAGACUUCAUGUUCAGCCAGAUGCCUCACUAACCCAACCUCAGCCUUGAGCCUGUGCCAUGAUCUAACUCAUCAUGAGAGAACGCAGCCUCUCUCAGGACUCCACCUCCUGUGACAUCACUUCCUGUAGUCCAUACAAAGACACUACCCUUUGUACAGUAUUAAGCCAUUUUUCUAAUACUCAUGCAUCACCAUUAGACGAUUUCCUUCUUGUGUGUGUGAGUUAGUCGUCAUUUUUUUACAACUUUCAGACCGGGUUUCACCAACAAGGGUCAUUUUAAUCCAGAGGUGUCAAAGUCAUUUUAGUUCAGGUUCCACAUUCAGCCCAAUAUGACCUGAAGUGGACCGGACCAG